UAAAGUUUUUCAUGACGUGUUGUUUAUCGUGUCCGGAAGUAGCUUCGGCUCACUUCUGCACAGUCUGGAAGGAUUUUUUUUUGGUCUUGUUAUUGGAAAAAACGCCGUCAAUCUAUCUUAAACGGUUAUAGCUCCUGUUUACACCUUUAAUUUAAAGGACGCGUUAGAGAACUCGAAACGUGAAUAUUACCACUGUUACUGCUAUUCCACCUGGUUAUCUACCUCGAAGUUAACCUUUUCGGGAAAUCACCUUUUCUAUGCUUUGCUCCUCAGCAAGGAUGUUUUGAACCGUUUCGAAUUUUAAAUGCUGUGCCCUGCUUCUCAUCGCUAAAUGAGCGCCAAGUUAAAUUCACGUCAUAGAUAGCAGUAAUGUUAUAAGGUUACUCGGGACAUCGUCAAGCUGUCCGGCUGAAAAUGGACGAGAAAUACAGCAACAACGUCCUUUCUGGAGGACAACUGGGGAUGGUUGAGGUUCCCAAUUCCAGGUUAACCAGGUACAUAGUGUUGUUGGUCAUCUCGAAAAUCUUGAAGGCAUUGGGGAUCUUUGAAUCAUAUGACAUCCUAAAGGUCGUCCACAUUGUGCAGUUUAUCUUCAUAUUAAAGUUAGGGUCGGCUGUUAUUUUACUUGUUUUUCAAAAGCCUUUUUCCUCUGGAAAAAUCAUCUCGAAAAGACAGUGGAUAAAAUUACUAAAGCACAGUGUUUUCAGCUGUAUCAUCUCCCUACUGGGCUUUUUUGGUCUCACUCUCUGUGGACCCCUGAGGACAUUGCUACUUUUCGAGCACAGCGAUGUGGUGGUGAUUGCUCUCCUUGGUGUCCUCUUCACCAGCUCAGGAGGUGGGCCAGCAAAGACUCGAGGCGCCGCUCUCUUCAUCAUCGCAGUGAUUUGCCUUCUCCUCUUCGACAAUGAUGAUCUCAUGGCCAAAAUGGCGGAGCAUCCCGAGGGACAUCACGACAGUGCGCUAACUCACUUCCUGUACACCGCCAUUGCGUUUUUGGGGGUUGCGGAUCACAAGGGUGGUGUUGUGCUGCUCGUGGUCUCCCUGUGCCUGAAGGUUGGCUUCCACACAGCCUCCAGGAAACUUUCGGUGGAAGUCGGCGGUGCCAAGCGCCUCUACGCCCUGGACAACCUGGUUUCUGCUGCCGUACUGCUGCCCUGGGUCAUAGUGCUGUCAGCCACCACGGAAAGUAAAGUUGAGUCGUGGUCAGCUCUUAUCCCGCCUUUCGCCAUGAUCAUCUUCUCCGUGAUGAUCCUGGAGUUUUACGUGGAGGCCAUCUGCAAUACCAAGAUGGAAGUGCAGCGCUGCGCCCGAUACGGCGCCGUGGCUCUCUUCUGCAGCGCCCUGCUGCUCGCCAACUUCUGGACUCACCCGCUGACCGACCAGUUGCGCUCCAUGAGUAAGCCGCCGCGGCGGAGCAGCACGGAGCACGUGCUGUCUGGAGGGGUGCUUGUCAGUGCCCUUUUCUUCAUCUUGUCAUCCAGCGUCCUCUCUUCCCCUUCGAAGAAAGGUCAAAAGGGCACCCUGGUGGGUUAUUCCCCCGAAGGGACUCCUUUGUACAACUUCAUGGGUGACGCCUUGCAGCACACGUCGCAGUCCCUGCCGCGCUUCAUUAAAGAUUCCUUGAAGCAGAUCUUGGAGGAGUACGACUCCAGACAGAUCUUCUACUUCCUGUGUCUCAACCUGGCCUUCACCUUUGUUGAGCUCUUUUACGGUGUUUGGACGAACAGCCUGGGACUGAUCUCGGAUGGCUUCCACAUGUUGUUUGACUGCUCGGCUUUGGUCCUGGGCCUGUUUGCCGCCCUGAUGACCCGCUGGAAAGCUACCAGGAUCUUCUCCUACGGGUAUGGCCGUGUCGAAAUCCUUUCUGGGUUCAUCAAUGGACUCUUCCUGAUGGUCAUCGCCUUCUUUGUCUUCAUGGAGUCGGUAACCCGCUUAGUGGACCCCCCCAACAUAAACACGGACAUGCUGACCCCGGUGUCCGUCGGCGGCUUAUUGGUCAACCUGGUGGGAAUCUGCGCUUUCAGCCACGCUCACUCCCACGGCGGAAAAAGUUGCUCGGGGCACGACCACGGCCAUUCGCACGGCGACCACGGACACUCUCACGGACACGGACACGGACACGGCGGGCAUGGGCAUUCCCACGGCUCGGGCGGCGGCGGCAUGAACGCCAACAUGAGAGGUGUUUUCCUUCACGUCCUGGCCGACACGUUGGGCAGCGUCGGCGUGAUCAUUUCCACCCUCCUCAUUCGGCAAUUUGGCUGGUUGAUCGCCGACCCCAUUUGCUCCCUCUUCAUCGCCACCCUCAUCUUCCUCAGCGUCAUCCCUCUGCUCAAGGAUGCUUGCGAAGUGCUUCUGCUGAGAAUUCCCCCGGAGCAUGAGAAGGGACUGAACAACGCUCUGCAGAAGAUUGAGAAGAUUGAAGGGGUUUUGUCCUACCGGGACCCUCAUUUCUGGAGACAUUCGGCCAGCGUGAUCGCAGGGACCAUCCAUCUCCAAAUCAUGUCCGAUGUGGUGGAACAGCGAAUUGUACAGCAGGUGACGGCCAUUUUGAAAGAUGCGGGAGUGAAUAAUCUGUCGGUGCAGCUGGAGAAGGACGCGUACUUCCAGCACAUGUCCGGGCUCAGCAGCGGAUUUCAGGAUGUUUUAGCCAUGACCCAACAGAUGGAGGCCAUGAAACAUCUGAACGAUGGAACGCGUAUCAUGUAGCCGCCAUCUCUGGGACCAGUUGAAAUUGUAUAAAUGCCGUGUACAGUGGGUGCGCUUUGAAUAAAUCAGGUUGUAGUCAUUUUUAUCUGUA